AUCCAACUUGCGCCAUUCACUCCUGUCAUCUAAAUAUUUUACUUCCAAGUAGCCUAAUAUUUUAACCGUUUACGAAAAUAUGAGCUAUGACAACUUCGAGGAGAUGGCUACUUUUGUGUCAUUUCAGUCUCAGCUAUCAUCCAUUAUGGAUACACUGGCGAAAACAGCAAUAUUUGAGAUUAGUAAACUUGUCGAUAUGGAAUCCAGGGGACUAAAACAGGAAAUUUCUCGCAGUCAGAGAGAAAUUGCCUCGUUGAAGAACAAACUGCAGAUUAUGGAGAGCCUUAUCUGGACCGCUGAAGAACAUAAACGUAAUGCUGUAUCUGACGAUGGUCUCAUAUUACGAGAACCAACGUUAGAGGAUCAUAACAUGAACAUCUGCAAUGAUGGACCACAGUCAAGCAAUGACAUACCACGGAUUAAAGGUGAACAUGUACAUAACAUACUCAAGCCCUCUGAUGGAUGCCACCAUGUGGAAAAGAAGUCCACAGGUACUCAUCAAGCCAUUCUCAUCAAGGAGGAGCCCCUUGAAGUUCAACUGUGCAGUAGCAAUUCUCCUGUAAUUUUGAGCAAUUGUGAAGAUAAAAUGAGUUUGGGGAAUGAUGAUCAUGCAAGGACUCUUUCAACUGACAAACAGGAUGAAAGCAUCACAGACACCCCAACCCUCAGCAUAAGCACCCAAGGGAGUCAGAUCUCUGCGCCCUCCUCUUCACAGCUCAACGAGCAGGAUGGUGAGACAUCAGCUGAUGCACACCCAGCUACUCCAGAGAGGAAUGCCCUGCUCUUUGAGUUCAGUCCCUGCGCCAAAGAGGCAACUCCCGCGUCACAAAGACCCAGUUUGGCUCGAACUCAGUGGACCUGGGACCAAGGGGCUAGCAGGGGGGACAGACGCUUCGUCUGCACCUACUGCAACAAGAGAUUCCGCUGCUUCAGUCAGCUGGAGACGCAUCAGAGGAGUCACACCGGCGAGAAGCCCUUCCACUGCACGCUGUGCGGGAAGAGGUACGCCCAGAAAGGGCACCUCUACACCCACCAGAGGACGCACACGGGCGAGAAGCCCUACCGCUGCCUCGUCUGCGGCAAAGGCUUCAUCCAGAAGUGCACCCUCGACAUGCACCAGCGCACUCACACCGGAGAGAAGCCGUUCCUCUGCCUGAGGUGUGGGAAAGGGUUCACCAAGAAGUGCAAUCUGAAAAAACACCAGACCAUUCAUACCGAGCUGAGCGGGGACUUUUGGGGAGCGUGCAGAGUUUCAGGGAGGUAGGCUGCAGGGAAAGGACUUAGAUUAGGUGUUGUGCUCUAACGGAGCAGUCAGAUCCCUGUAAUCACUGAAGGCCUACAGUACAGAUCCAUGGAUUGUUAGCUGAAAUGCGAAGAACAUUGUGUGUGUAUAAUGACUGUACAUGGCAGAAAUAACAUGUAGAAUGUAUGUGUAAUAACAUCUGUUUUGUACUUGUAGUAUUUAAAAUCCUAAACUGUUAAGACUGUUGUUUUGGGAUCUUAUGCUGCCUAUUUGAUACAGACUAUGGCUAAAUUAAUUUAGUAAUCAUUGGAGAAGGUUACAUGUUGUACUGUAUGUCACUGGAAAAACAGUAGGGUUCUCAAACAAUCUAGCUGCUUAUGUAGCGAUCAGACAGGACGUGUGCUUUGCUGAGAGGUGCACCUUUUCAUGUUGUUCGAAUUGGCUGUAAGCGCUUUGUGUGCUGCUUAUGCACCAGAGCGCUUUAUUGUUUUUGCGCCUGCUGCACCUCGUGUUUUUACAGAGGUGCCCUGAGCGCCUCGAAUUUUAAAAAAAAGUUAAACUACAGGCAGAAAAGCACCUGUGAAUUUAUGACAACAUAGUGUACCACCCAUUUUAUAAGUGGCAAAGCAUGUCCUGUCAGAUGGUUACCUUGGACCACAUAGCAGUCACAUAUUGCCAAAAGUAUGGGGUCACCUGCCUUGACCUCCAUAUGAACUUCAGUCACAUCCUAUUCUUAAUCCAUAGGGCUUAAUAUGAUGUCGGUGCACUAUUUGUAGCUAUAACAGCUUCAACUCUUCUGUGAAGGCUUUCCACAUGGUUUGGGAGUGUGUUUAUGGGAAUUUUUGACCAUUCUUGCAGAUGCGCAUUUGUGAAGUCACACACUGAUGUUGGACAGGUGACUCGUGACUGGCACUCAGUUUGUGCUCUAAUUAAUCUCAAACGUGUUCUGUUGGGUUGAGGUCAGGACUCUGUGCAGGCCAGUCAAGUUCAUCCACACCAAAGUCCAUCGUCCAUGUCUUUAUGGACCUUGCUUUGUGCACUGGUGCACAGUCAUGUUGGAACAGGAAGGGGCCAUCCCCGAGCUGGCCAUGGCCUCUUAGUUCCAACGAAAGGAACUCUGAAUGUUGCAGCAUUAACCAUGAGAUCUUGGACAAUUCCAUGCUCCCAACUUUGUGGGAACAGUUGGGGAUGGCCACUUCCUGUUCCAACAUGACUAUGUACCAGUGCACUAAGCAAGGUCCAUACCAGCCUUCCCAGAAGAGUGGAAGCUGUUGUAGCUGCAAAGAUUGGACCAAUGUCAUAUUAAGCUCUAUGGAUUAAGAAUAGGAUGUGACUGAAGUUCAUAUGGGGUCAAGGCAGGUGACCCAAUACUUUUGCCAAUAUAGUGUAUCAUAGAUCCUUAUCAGGGGUGGCGAACGUUCGACUCGCCAGCGUUGUGCGGUUCAUGGCUAAAUGCAGGUCAAUAUUUGACAAUACUGCCAAUAAAGUUGCCUAUAUUUUAAUUAAAAUAAUUUUACCAUUGAGAUGGAUAAGAAUAUUCCAGAGGCAUUUGUUUCUUUAUUUGUUUAAUGUCACUGUUGGCAUAACCAUGGCAAUCAGGAAAACGUUGCCUAAGGCAAAGAGCAAACAUUGUGGAUAACUCAGGACCUUUUAUGUGAAUAGGAGGGUUUGUAUUUUUUUUUAUAGGCCUACAACCAUUCUGCUUGAUAUGCCAGACUUGGCUUAAAUACAUGUUAUGGCUUCAGAUUUCCCAGGAAUUUCCCA